CCAUUGUUUACGUAAAGUUCGAUUCAGGAAUUAAAUUUGCGCUGGGAAAAUGUUGCAGCUUCCCUUGCUGAAUCGAUUUGUCCCAGUUUUAGGGCACGCAGCACGAUCCAUUCACAGCAGCGCCGGACUGUUGUUCCGCAGCACGCCGGUACUGUGUGCUGAACCGCUCAAGAAAAAGAAAAAGCUCGAUCCACAGAUCGUGAAACAGCGCGAGGAACGCAAGCGAAAGCGGCUGGAAAAACAAAUUCGUCGGCUAGAGAAGAAUGCUCGCCAACUUAAACCGAUCGAGGAACUGGAAGUGCCGAUGGAUUUAAUCGAUGAGCAAGUCAAACGGAGACGAAACGUACCGAAACCAACGUCGGAGCUUGUCGAGAGCCGUGCACUACUAGAGAAACAGUGGGCCAAGUACAGGAUGCAGGAGUCACUCGCCGACUAUCAACUGUUCGAUCGGAUUGUGGCGGCCCAAACGAAAGCACUCAAUGAGCUGAAGCUCGAAUCGGUAGAGCUGUACGAGCAGGCAAUACAGCCAGAUCCGGCACUGGUGCCGAUCCGCGUUCAAGGCCCAGUUGCUACUCCACCAAUCAAAGACUACGAACAACCGGACGGAGAGUAUAUUGAUGUAUCCAGAAAGUGGGAAUAAUACCUUCACAUACACAUACCAAGUCGGCGAUUCAGUCACGAAGCAUAUUGAUACCACAAAUACGAAACACUUACCAAAAUGGUGAUUCGAUUUAAUGAUUUACAUCAAACUAGUGUGUUUAAGAAAUUUAUAGGUACGUUCACAAUAAACACGGAACAGAAUGUGAAUACGUGGUUGUAAAAUUGUCGCGGUUACGUGGUUGUAAAAGUCCUAAGCCUAUUGUUUAAAAA